AUGGGAUUACCGUCAGUACCACGACACACGAUGAAGGUGAUUCUCCUAUUGGCAGGAGUGGCAGUAGCACUAUGUGCCGUCCCACCCGUGGACCAGCGCCGGCCACAUGUUCACAUGAACGAUGAUGGCAGCUACUUCUUGACCAACGAUGGACCUUCUGGACCCCACUAUGUGGGCCACAUCGGUCGUGGUGCUGUACAGGGCAAUGACAAUGGUGUGACGUUUGACGUGCAAGCCUCUGGAGAGACGUGGAGAGGCGGCCUCAAGAUCAGUGUGACCUGGACUGGUCCCGCCGACGUCGUGUUCCAGGACUGCAUCGAUUUUGGCAACAGCCAAUGGUUCGCUGGUCCCGAACAGAAGCAGCAAUACUGGCCCAUCCAGAAGUCGUUCCUCAAGAAAUACUCUGCCGUGUCCAAAGAGGAAGACAAUGCCGCCGUGGGCGAACGUUACUGGCUCAACUCCGACGGCAUGUACAUCUACGUCGCCCCCGAAGUGCCACUCUUCAUCGACUACCACAACGAGCUUGAGAACCAUCUCUGUCUGAUCGCCGAAGUCGCUGACCCCUACUCCACAAGGAGAACCGAAAAUGUCCUCAAAUACGACCUCUGGUUCUUUGAGAACCCUAAAAUUGCCCACCAACACGCUGUAGACAACUACCUCGGCAAGCCAUCUGGUGUUCCCGACUAUAGGAUGAUCCAGUACCCUAUCUGGUCUACUUGGGCACGUUACUCCAGGGAAAUCGAUCAGGACAAUCUCUGGGCUUUCGCCAACGAGAUUAAGGACAGUGGUUUCCCUAACGCUCAGUUUGAAAUCGACGAUCUUUGGGAAGUCUGCUACGGUUCCCUGUUUGUAG